UAUGAGGAAGCAGCAGCCGGUUGCAGGCGUCCAGCGGGUGAUUGUAUCCCCUCAACCUCUGAGAUACACAUUCAAAUUCAACUCCAGAUAGAAGAAGAAGAAGAAGAAAGAGAGUUUGUUUUGUCUGUCAGAGUUUUCCUGAAGCCUCUCGUCAGCAUGCCUGAAUCUGGAACGUGCACCUCUAUCAUCAACCUGCGUUAUCAAGACGGCAGGGUGGGCAGCCCCUCCAACCCUGCAAAGUUCAACCACCAAGACUACGCACAGCUGAGGGAUCAGCACCUCGGCAGUGGGAAGCUGUUUGUGGACGACGCCUUCCCACCCAACACCCGCUCUCUGGGGGGCCUGCCGAAUUCUGGAGUGGAGUGGCUUCGACCAGCUGAGCUCUUGAAAAAACAAAACAACAGCAGCGAGCCCACUUUCUUCCCGCAGGGAGCCUCCCGCUUUGACUUUGGUCAAGGCUACGUCAGUAACUGCUGGUUUCUGUCUGCAAUUUCCUCACUGACCUUCAAUCAACGCAUGAUAGCACAAGUGGUGCCAAUAGACCAGUCCUUCGAGGGCCAUGCUGGAAUAUUUCACUUCAGGUUCUGGAGGUUCGGCAAGUGGGUCGAUGUGGUCAUUGACGACCUUCUGCCCACAAUGAACAACUUUUUACUCUCUGUGCACUGCAAAGGAGGAAAUAUUUUCUGGGUCCCCCUGCUGGAGAAAGCAUAUGCCAAAGUGUGCGGUUCAUACGAUGACAUGAACUUCGGCUUGCCGUCAGAAGCCUUCAAGGAUUUCAGCGGAGGAGUCUACAACACCUACAAACUCGGGGAGGCCCACGACAAAGGCCACGAUGAAGAACUCUGGCUUACGCUCAGCAGAGCCACUAGGUGCAAGUCAAUGAUUUGCUGCGGGACUCCAACAGGGGAUAUGCAGGUGAACAGUGUAGCAGACAACGGACUGGUGAUUGGACACUCGUAUUCUGUCACAGGUGUCACUGAGGUCGACUGUUUGGGCUCCAAAGUGAAGCUGGUGCGCAUCAUGAACCCUUGGGGCGGACAGGAGUGGAUGGGAAAGUUGGGUGACAGGUCAGAUAUACUGAACUUAUUGAAUACAGAAGAUCAGGCAAAGCGUUGGAUUCACCACGAUGGAGAGUUCUGGAUGGAGUUGGAGGACUUCUGUCACAAUUUCCUCCAGGUGUCCAUGUGCUGUGAGAACCCCAACUUCAUCGACGGGGACUUCAACUGCCAGUGGAAGUGCAUGACUUACGAUGGCAGCUGGGUGGCAGGGAAGUCCGCAGGCGGCAGCAUCGCUGACACUACCUUCGAGACAAAUCCCCAGUAUCGCAUCCAGGUGUCUGUUAUAGACGAGAAGGAGCCGGGAGACAAAAACAUCUUGAUUUCUCUGAUGCAGAAACCUCAGAUGUUGAACCGCCUACAGGAACGCUUCUACCCAGCUGGACUGGCCAUCUUUAAGAUUCCACCUGGGACCCCAAAAGGACGUCUGGAGAAUUCCUUCUUUGACGCAAAUCCCCCUGAGAAGGAGAGCUCGUACAUCUAUGAAAGGGAACUGAUUGAGCUCCUCAGCCUGGAUCCUGGAGAGUACGCGAUCAUCCCCUCCACCAAAAUACCCUACAUGACCGCGGACUUUGUUCUCACCGUCUACAUCAAGGCUAAGGCUAAGACCAGUCCCCACGACGAUCACGACAACCAUGACGACCAUGAACACAACAACUCGACUGAUCCCGAGAACUCUGGCAAAUGCAUUGAUGAGGACGCUGACAUGGGGCCCACCCAUGAGUUGUUCAACCACUAUGUCGAUCAGAACGGAGAGCUGAUGGCCACGCAGCUCCAGAGGCUCCUCAUUGAUAACUUCCCUCAUGGGACUCCUCACGGCUUUGGUUUGAACACUUCAAACAAGCAUGAUUGCUGUGGUGGAUGUAUCCUGAAACACAUCUUUCUUUUUUGCUGCACUUCAUAUGAUAGAAAUCAAACUACAUUAUCACGACAUGAUGAUCACAUGGCUUUUCUUACCACAGCUAUGCUGAUGACGCCCAACUAAUCCUUUCUUUUCCCCAAUCUGAACAGGGAACAGCACUAAUCUCUGCCUGUCUGAUUGACAUCUCUCAGUGGAUGUCUGCACACCAUCUGAAAAUUAGCCUUGACAAGACUGAACUACUUUUCCUUCCAGGGAAAGACUCUCCCACCCACGACUUGACUAUUACAUUUGACAACUUCCUGUUAGCCCCCACCAAGACUGCUAGGAACCUGGGUGUGUCAACUCUCCCUUACUGCCAACAUUACUGCAGCAACCUGCUCAUGUAGAUACAUGCUGCACAACAUCAGGAGAAUACGUCCCCUUCUCACUCAGAAGGCGGCGCAGGUUCUGGAGCCAGGAUCUGCUCAUCUCACACCUAGACGACUGCAACUCCCUCCUGGCUGGUCUACCUGCUGGUGCCAUCCGACCUCUGCAGCUCAUCCAGAAUGCAGCAGCUCGACUGGUCUUUAGCCUAAAUUCACUCACACUACUCUGCUCCUCCGCUCCCUUCACUGGUUACCAGUGGCUGCCCGCAUCCGUUUCAAAACAUUGGUACUUGCGUAACGUGCUGCGAACGGGUGUGAGCUAAACACUCAAACACAACAAAACCACAACUGUUUACUGUCCUGGCUCCUAAAUGCUGAAACAAGCUCCCCAAUGACAUCAGGACAGCAGAGAGUCUACACAUCUUCCGCCCCAAACUAAAAACACAUCUCUUCUGACUAUACCUUGUAAAUAAAAUAAAAUAAAUUAAUAAAAAGUAGCGAUUUUGUAGCACUUAUUUGGUACUUACAUACGGCACUUUGUAGUUUGGCUUUCUUGAAGAAACUUGUACUUUCUUGAUUCUUGUUGUUCUGGGUUUGUACCCUGAUGGUUGAAAGCACUUAUUGUGAGUCGCUUUGGAUAAAAGCGUCAGCUAAAUGAAAUGUAAUCUAAAUAAAAUGUAAUGAUAUGAAAUUAAAUCAGAACAUUGUGGUCUGGAGUGAAAUAG